AUGCCUCGUCAGACCAGACGUUCUGCUCCCGCUCAACAAACUCGUCAAGCUCACACUAUGCCUGUUCGCCAGGCACCCCCUCCUGCCGCUCCUCCUGCAAGCAGACCCGCUCCUGCUGCACCUGCUGCACCUGUUGCUCAACCUCAACACUCCAUGACUCCCGCUGCUGCUGCACCACCCAGUAUUGCUCAAGCCGCUCCUCAACAACCUGGUUUAUUCGCUCAAAUGGCCACAACUGCUGCUGGUGUUGCUGUAGGUUCUGCUGUUGGUCACACUCUGGCCAAUGGUGUUUCUUCACUCUUCAGCGGCAGUGGAUCUUCUGAACCCCAGCAAGCUCAACCUGCCCAACCUCAAUAUCAACCACAACAAUAUCAAGCUCCUCAAGCCAAUGCUUGUGAAGCUGAUGCCAAGGCAUUUACUAACUGCCUUGAAGCCAAUAAUAACGAUUUCAAUGCAUGCCAAUGGUAUCUUGAAAAUCUCAAGGCCUGUCAACGCAUGGCUGCCAAUUAUUAA